AUGUUUAUAUUUCUGACUACAAGGUUCACAGUUGGUGGUGGUGACCCGCAGUUUGAUGUCGAGAAUUUUCUGAACAAUCUGCGGAACUUGUUCUACUCAUCAAAUGAGAAUGCCAAUUAUUCUAAGAAUCCGUGUCGUGCCCCACUUCCUCCGAAGAAGGCAACGAGCAGGUGCAAUCAUGGGUAUUUUAGUGACCUGCUGAAGAAAAUUCCACCAUCAAGAUUAGAUGUCAUUAAAAAUUAUGGUUGCUCUUUUAUUCUUGAUUUUGACUGCAAUUUUGUUCCAAGAGGGUUUGCACAAUGGAUAGCAGGGAAAGUAAAUCCACCUACUGGUGACAUAGUUCUCGAUAACAAAGUCAUUCCAAUGAGCCCCGAAUCCUUUCAUCUUCUGCUUGGUCUUCCAUUAGGUGGCACAUCAGUUUUAUUUGACAGUGAGGUGACCAAAGCAGCAUUCCUCAACAUUAUUGGUGAACCUACACUUCCUUCUAUCAAGUGGUUUGGUUUGAGAGUGCUGAAGCCUGAUAUAUCUGAUAUUGAUUUUUUGAGGUGUUUCCUUCUAGUUGCAUUUGCAACUGUUUUGUGCCCCAACUCAAAUAUCUAUCCCAGCACAAAAUAUCUAGGGAUUCUAAUUGAUCCAACUCGAGUUACCAACUAUGACUUGUCAAAAUUUGUUUUCGAUUGGCUUAUGUAAUACAUAAGGAAAUAUCAAAAAUAGCCAAAGAAACCUACAAAAGAGGAUGGACUAACAACACUUGGUGGCUGCA